UCCUCAGGAUGUCGACUCUAUAGCACUGUAAAUCAAGGGUGUUCACAGGAUUUAUUAACAACUGAAAAAGUAGAGAAGAGCAGUCAAAUGGCAGACAUGGAGCCAUCCAAUUAUUCUACUCCCAAUGAAACUUGGACUGUGGAAUCUCUUGACUUGUAUAAAAGACUUAAAAGUGAUUUAAUAGAACAAGGAAAUGGCGACUGGCUUGAACACAAGAGCACCAUAUAUUAUGGUGAAAGAAGGCUUUUCACUAAAGCAUUAGUCAAUGAAUAUCCAGGGAAAUUCUUUGAGUAUGUAUUUUUCUUCAGCAAAAAUGAAAAGAAGGUGAAAGGAGUGAUUCAGUUUGGAUCAUAUACCCAGGGACCUCCAGGAUGUGUACAUGGUGGUGCAAGUGCUACCAUGAUGGAUUCUGCCAUUGGUGUUUGUGUGAACAAGUCAUUUCCUGGUUGUGUGACAGCUUCUUUGACCAUGAAUUACAAAAGUCUUCUUCCCCUUGGUGCGACUGCUUUUGUUGAAUCUUGGGUUGACAAAGUGGAAGGAAGAAAGGUUUAUGCUUUGGCAGAAUUAAGAUCUCCAGAUGGCAAAGUGUUAUAUAGUUCUUCCAAUGCAUUGUUUAUUCAGCUGCAACCUCAGGGUGAAGAUGCUGACAAAUGGAAAAAUGCAUUUGGUGACAAAAAAUGACAGGUUAAAGAUCUGCAUCGUCUUUGUUGAGGAUGUGCAAGUUUCUUGGCUAAAUUGCCAUCUUCAUAGAGUAGAUCUGGUGGAAACCUGAUUGGAAUCAACUGACUGUGUACUACAGUCGGGUAGUUCUGUUGUUUUUGGUUGAUUUUCUAAUAAGAUUGUAUUUCUUUUUUUAUUUCAAAACUCCUCAAAUAUACGAGAUGUCUUCUAUCUCAGCGUAUAUGAUAUGAAUCACAGAUAGUGACAUUUAAAGAAACAAUCUUGAUCAGUUAAAGCCAACCCAUUAUUUUAAAAUGCUUUCCAAACGUAUGGAUGAAAAGAAUAAUGUGUAUCUUUUUCAUUAUGUUAAUUAUUGGUUCAAAAACAGUCGAUUGUAAUCCUAUCCUCUCUAGUUGUGCAUGGUGGAUUUAGUGGUAGCAAGAUAUUUACAAUUUUACAACCUAACCUUAGUCUUAACGAUACUAUAUUGUGCGUAUAAACUACAACGAAAAAUAGUGAAUUAGAGAUUCAUUACGAACGCGAA